AGUAACUUCCUUCAUCGUUCUGCUGGUCCGUGAGAGCAGGCUCAUUGCUAGCUUAGAAAGACAAACGACGAAGUUUCAGUAAAGUUAAAAUCAAAAUGUCCAUUAAGUUGAAUGCUCUUUAUAGUGACUCUUACGUUGACAUAAGCCAAUACAGAGACCAGCAUUUCAAGGGUAACCGCUAUGAGCAGGAGAAUCUGCUGAAACAGAGCAACACGCUGUAUGUGGGCAACCUGUCCUUCUACACCACCGAGGAGCAGGUCUAUGAACUCUUUUCCAAGAGCGGAGACGUCAAAAGGAUCAUCAUCGGCCUGGACAAGGUGAAGAAGACAGCGUGUGGAUUCUGCUUUGUAGAGUACUACACACGUGCAGAUUCUGAACACGCCAUGAGGUUUAUUAACGGGACGCGAUUGGACGACAGGAUCAUCAGGACAGACUGGGACGCCGGUUUUAAAGAAGGCAGGCAGUAUGGCCGUGGCAAGUCAGGGGGGCAGGUCAGAGAUGAAUACAGACAAGACUAUGACCCUGCCAGGGGCGGCUAUGGGAAAGUAGUGACUCGAUAACGAGCGGCUGUGCUCUUGCCCCUGUUCCUGUGUCCUUCUAUGUUCUGUGUUGUGUGUGUUUGCCUCUUUCAGGUGAGGGAUGAAUAUAGACAAGAUUAUGACCCGGCCAGGGGAGGGUACGGGAAGUUAACUCUACAGAGAGCGCUAGAGGGACGCCAGAGUUUUUAGCAGCUGAGAUUUCAGUUGAAGCGGAGAUGUGGGGGUAGAUCUGAGGUUUAAACUCUCGUUUAUUGAAGGGUGGGGGUGGGGGGGGGGUUGCUCCUGGUGGUUUUUUUUUUAUCUUGUUUUAUUUUGUGACUUCUGUGCUCUGAGAAGACUUACGUUUUUCCAUUUUAGUCUGAAGUUGCUGAUAGUCUACAUCUGCCACUCAUGUUUUCAUCACCCAAACUGUGCAUGUUUUUCUAAUAAACAUUGUUUUUGUUA